AUGUCGCUAGACGAGAGCCACUCUUCUCAAGAUCCAGAUAACUCUCGUCCACUGCUUUUUAAGGAGGACGAUGAGGAACAGAGAUAUCACAGCUACCCACCAAAGCGCAAGCAAGGCUUUCGGUGGAAUUGGGCCUUCAUUCUCCAUGGGUCUGCUUUUGCAAUAUACACAAUCAUCUUUUUGGCAGGAAGCAGCUUAGCUGUGACAAAGGGCUGCCAUAGGGAUUUAGUGUACUCACCCGCAAGGUUCUCGGUUGAAUACCAGAAAAUAGCUUUUGAUGGCGACCUCGAAAAAAUGAAUCCGUAUAGAGGGCCUCCUCGUCCGGAACAUGACGCAGCUUGGCAUGAACUACUCCAAUAUUCCAAUAUUCGAGUUGGCAAAGAUACACUCGACCGACUGAACAGAUCUUCUAUCAAACUUGCGGAUGGUUCUGGUGACUAUUUUGGCGGCCUAAGUGUUCAUCAUCACCUACACUGUCUUAAAUACGUUCGUCAUUACCUUCACCGAGACUACUACAAUGCCACCGAUGAGCUCAAAGAGUCAAACCUCGAAGAGCACAUAGAUCAUUGUCUCGAUGAUAUACGGCAAACGCUUAUGUGCCACGCCGAUAUCUCUAUCUACACAUAUGACUGGAUACCGAACUACCGCAAGCCGUGGCCGAAUUUCAGGGUUGACCAUGAAUGUGUGAAUUGGGAGCUUUUGGACGACUGGGCUAAAGAGCAUUCGUUCUCAAUAUAUGACCAGGCAUCGCUGGUUCAUCCAGAGCUGGGACUCUCAUUUCCAUCUGUCAAUGGAGAGUUUGAGACUUCCGCUUCGGGGAACCAUGUGCACUUUGUUCAUCCUGAUGGGCAAAAUGGUAGUGGCAUGGAUCACGGAGGAAAGGGAAAGCAUGAGGGCCACAUGUAA